CUCUAGUCGUCCGUUCAUCUACAAACCAGCGCCACUUGGUGUGGCUCAAGAUGGUGCCUCCCCGCCAAAACAACCAUCUAUGGGCUCUACUCUUCACGACCCUUGGGUGUGCAGGGCUGUGGCUCAUGCGGAUAGAGCCGUCCAUGAACGAUGUUCCUAUUGCUUUCGAACAGCAAGUCGAGACCGCCAAGCUCGGUGACGGAUCUGCCCUGAGGACCAGCUACACUGGCAUCGGACUCCUGGACCAUAUUUUAUCUUUCCUUGUUUUGGCCUUCGCCGCCGGGCCGCUAGGCCUCGACCCAGCUGUCAGGCUGCAGCAGCUACACUUUCUCCUCAACUUUUUCAGCUUCCUCUGCAUAUGGAACAUCGAGGCGUACCGACCGCGAAAUGCACGAAAAUCAUUUAGUUUCCCGGGAACCUGGGCUAUUUUCUAUCAGACGGUCGCCGGCGCGGCCGUGGUCCCCUGGUACUACGCCGCCUGGGUCUUUUCAUCUGCCUCCGAGCAGCCGCACAAAGAGUCAGACGAAGUCCCCAUGAACAAGGCAAAAAUCAUUUUGCCCUCGGCGGUCUUCUUCUACCUGCUUCCCACGCUCGUCAUGUACCUUCCGCAGAGCGACCCUUGGCUGAAGCAGGGAGUGAUUGCAUACUGGCAGGUCUCGCCCGUCGUCGUCAGCAUGGCCAUACCACUGCUCUCUGUCUUGGUGAACGACCGGACCUCCAAGGGCCUGUCUGUUGCCCGCCAUCUUCAGCGGACGUAUGUGGUUGCGUUCGGUGUCUCAGCCUUGGUGCAUUUUUACGUGCUGCUCUCGUGUUACUCGUCACUCGACCCGCAAGUGUCUCUCUACCGUGUCUUUGUACCAGAGCGCCGGCUGUGGAAGGAUAGCUUGACGACUGGCUUGCAUUACAUCUUCCAAUGGGACUGGUGGGCUGUCUAUGCCGCGUGCUUGCUGGGUCCUGGGGCUGCCAUGGCAGGUGUCUGGUCGUGGAAAGAGGAUUUUGAACAAGGUCCUAGGACCAAGACGAGGACUGCCUAAAGCAAUCUCACUGUUAGUGAACUUCGGGUUAGAAAUUCAUGAAUGCGGCUUAAUCAUUUCCG